GGGCAACCUUGUAGAGGUAAUCUGGACCUUCUUCCGUGUCAAGGAGGUACCUUAGCUUAGGUACCUGCCCGACCAUAGGUGACGCGUUGGAUGCUUGCUUGCCUGGAGCUCCAGGGCGACCUGACCCGACAGCACUGUUGAAGGAACUAACGAAGUCCACUGCGCUGCUGCACCUCAGCGUCAAGCCUUCCGCCUUCCGCCUUCCGCCCUCCAUCCCGCUUCCAGUUUGUUGAAGGAAUACAAACCAAACCAAAACAACAUCACGGCACCACGACGACGCAAAAGACAAGCACUAGGUUGGCGCUUGCGAACGACAGACCACGAACCAGACAGAUUUCAACAAGUGAUCGCUGUAUCGAAUUAAAUCAUGGCGAGAAGAUACGAUUCCCGAACAACCAUCUUCUCCCCCGAAGGUCGUCUGUACCAGGUCGAAUAUGCUCUUGAAGCCAUUUCCCAUGCCGGUACCGCCAUCGGUAUCCUCGCCAAGGAUGGCAUCGUCCUAGCUGCUGAGCGCAAGGUCACCUCCAAGCUCCUCGAGCAAGACACAUCGGCCGAGAAGCUCUACAUUCUCAACGACAACAUGAUCUGCGCCGUCGCCGGCAUGACAGCCGAUGCCAACAUCCUCAUCAACUACGCCCGACAAGCCGCCCAACGCUAUCUUUUGACCUACAACGAGGACAUCCCCUGCGAGCAGCUAGUGCGCCGUCUCUGCGAUCUCAAGCAAGGUUACACACAACAUGGUGGUCUCCGUCCCUUUGGCGUUUCCUUCAUCUACGCCGGCUGGGAUCCCCAGCGCCAGUUCCAGCUCUACCUCAGCAACCCCUCGGGCAACUACGGUGGCUGGAAGGCGACCAGUGCGGGCGCCAACAAUGCGAGCGCCCAGAGCUUGCUGAAGCAGGAUUACAAGGAGGACUGCACGCUCAAGGAGGCGUGCGCCAUGGCCGUCAAGGUGUUGAGCAAGACCAUGGACUCGACCAAGCUGAGCCCGGAGAAGAUCGAGUUUGCGACGGUUGGCCAGACCAAGGACGGCAAGAUCUACCACAGGCUAUGGAGCGCCGACGAGAUCACGGCGCUAUUGAAGGAACACGACUUGGCGAAGGACGACAACACGGAAGACAAGUAAGAAGGAUGAAUGUCACGCAUAGUUCUGGAUGUGGAACAGAGCGGAAAGCCGGCCUGCGUUUAGUCUAGAGAGCGCUUUCUGUACUAAUACAAGGAAUGACCAUGGUACGCCAAAUGAUGAAAUGGACAGACAAACGUUGGUCCCAAGCUCCCAGCUAUAUGCUCUUUGACGUUCCCCGUGCUCGAAAGUUGCCAUAUUUGAACAAGGCAAAAGUUCAAAGUGUUAGACGCACAUCUGGCGCAAGCAAGAUACAUUAUAGUAUCAAAUUAAGAUAUCUACGGAAACCAUCCAAGUUAGCCUUCAUCCACUCAUCAUCGAGGGCUCUCCAAAGGUGCCAACUCCACCGGGGCAGUCAAAUCAAACGUUCCUACAUUUCGCUGAAACCCUCCUCCGAUGACCCCCUCCUCCUCAUCCCUCACCCUCC